AUGGAUUUAGUCAAAAUAGCAAAAAACCAGCAUAUUAAUGAAACUGUUCAAAAUAAAACAAGAACAAAGUCAUCUAAUCAAUCAAAUGGUGGUUUAAUAACUGAUCAUCAGUUACACUCUUCAGUUAAUUCAAACAAACAAAAAGCUGAAGGUGAAGAUUCUAUUGAACCAGAAAUGUUCAUAGAAUAUCCAUCAAUUAAAAAGGAGACAUUGGAAUUUUGUGAAUUUAUUAAAAAUUUAGAUGGUUCCUCAAUUGACAAUCCAGAACCGACAACAUUAGCAAGUUUAUUUGCUGGAACACAUGAAGCUCAACCGCCAGUAUCAACACCGAUUAAUGUUGUGGAAUUAAUUAAUUUACCAUAUGAAUUAAGAGAUCGCAUUGAAGAACCACCAAAAUUACUUUGUGAUAAGAACUUUUUAACUGAUUCAAAGAGUUUACCACGUACGAUUAAAUCAGAUGCAGCUAGAAGGCAAGAAAAGAAUUUUGAAAGAUUACAUUAUGGUGCUUGGUAUAUACCACCGAAACAAUGGAAAGUUAUCAAAGAUGAUGCUGUAAAAAAGAUGAAAAAUGAACAUGAAUUUUCUAAUGUAAACAUUAAAUCAUACAAAGAAUUAGCAACAAAUUUAAAUGAGAAAAUGAAAGAAACCCAUGGAUAUGAAUCAUUUAUGGAAUUUAUACAAAGUAAUAAUAAACGUAUACCUAAGUUUAUGAAAAUGCAGUGA